AUGAUCACACAAAUUAUCAUUAUGGCAAUAUUACUUAUUUAUCCUCAUAAUCGGAUAACACCAUACGUCACUGGGUCAUCUGUUGAUGUUGAAUGUGUAAUAGAUUUCUCAUUCCCCUCCAGCUUUUUCAGUCAGAUUUUACUUAUGGUUGGGUUAGUUGCGUAUCCUUUACAGGACGUUGCAGAACCAACCCCAGCAGCCCCUGGCUGUUGUGUGGUUUCUCUAGGCAAAUUUACGUCCAGUAGUUUGCCAUUGCUUUCUGGAUUUACUUAUGACAUACAGUUUAUGUUUAUUUGUCUGAAUACAUAA